CGGUGGAAAUUUCGAAUGCAAAGCCUGUUGGUGCCCUCAAGGAAGCAAUCAAAGACAAGAAGAAGGUCACUCUCCAACAUGUUGACGCAGACGCCCUCACGCUUUGGAAUGUUUCCAUCCCAGUCGACGACGGUUUCGAGGAGAAGGUUGGACUUGGAGGCGGACGAAGAUUAUCGCCUGUGGAGAGAUUGUCCAGCAUUUUUUCAGAUCAACCUGAUCAUCAAAACCUACACAUCGUUGUUCAGUUCCCGCGUGUUGUGCCACCUCCUCCUAUCCUCGAACUGUACUGUCUCAUUCGUGACGAUGACCCCAGCCAAAUAUUUUCGGUCAAAAUUGCGAGUACAGAGUGUGUCUCCACCCUCAAAAAAGCCAUCAUGGUGGAGAAGAAGGUCGCUCUCCAAUACGUUGACGCGGGUGACCUCACACUCUGGAUGGUUUCCAUCCCAUUCGACGGCAGUUUCGAGGAGAAUGUGAAGAGCGCUGAACUUGAAGAUGAGAAAACGCUAUCACCUGUGCAGAGAUUAUCCGACAUUUUCUUGCGUCCACCUCAGGGUAGACAUCUGCACAUCAUUGUUAAGUCUCCGCGUAGUAUCAAUGCACAACAAGAUAUAGUCCUCGUCACCGAAGAAGAUCCGCUCUACGGUGGCUUGGCAAUUAUCCGCAACUAUCUCUGGGAAAAUGAGGAUCAUUUGCGUAACGUCAUUUCUUGCUCCCCGAUCCAAGUACCCGACCUUGGAGUCAAUGACGAAUUUCAAAAAUCUGAGGCAGAGGACAUCGCGAUGGUUGAUGCUAUGGCAAACAAUCAGGCAGUGUUUUAUAACCUAAUGGAGAUCCCGGCGCUGCCGCAGAAUACAUCCAAGGUGCUCACGCUGAAGUUUUAUGUGCGGGCCGAAUACAAUACCCUCGAUGGAUUUGUGGAGAAGCAGAGAGAAUCAGAUGUCGCUGGGCCCCAUCCCCGCAGACCAAUUUUGCUUGUCGGACAACCUGGAAUAGGCAAGACUGUCUAUUUGAUGUAUUGUCUCGUGAAUCGGCUUGCACAAGGAAAGCCCACUGUGCUUUCGAAGUCGUAUUUGAGGCGUUUUGCCUUUCUCCCCUCUGGCGUUUACAUGAUUCCAGGUGAUUCCUUUGAUCGUUGGUACCAUCCUGAGGUCCAUGCAGCUGAAGGAACAGAUUUACAUGGCCUUAUUCUCUGUGACUUUAGCAUGGGUGAGAAGGUUGAAACUUUGCUGCGGCGAUGGAGAAUCUUGGUGGCCUCAUCACCCAAGCCACAAGAGAUGUAUCGUUGGGUAAAGGAAUACAAUGUGACCAAGUUCUAUAUGAAAACAUGGAGUUGGCAUGAGGUGUAUGUAUGUCGCCAUUAUGCCAGGGAGCAGAGAGUUGAAGAUGAUGCUUGGCAUACUGCGUUUAUCAAGUAUGGGGGCUCAGCGAGGUCUCUACUUGAUUGUACACAACAAGCCCUAGAUGACAGCCUUGCUUCAGCCAUUAUGGAGUGCAACCUGGAAGACCUCUUCCAGCAAGUAGUGAGCCAUGAACCCCAGAAAUACAGCCACUAUCUUGUAGAGGUUAACCCACUUCAGGAUGCUGAUGGUGUUGUCCUGAACCGAUCAAGCCCAUGCACACGGGUCAUUUCUUUCUUUAUUCUCACUGAACUCAUGAAAAAGAAGGGAUCAGAACUGGUCAAUACCUCAGCCCAUUACUUCUACACUUGCAUGAGCCAUCCUUCCACACCCUCCACAGCUUGGCUCAUGUUUGAAGUUCUUGGACAUGUCUAUAUUGUCAGCAAAGCCAAACAUUUACAAGUGCUCAACACUGGCCACCAACAAGACUUGCAUCUGGAACACAUCAAUUGUGAGAAUGUACAGGUAUUCUCUGGAUUGGUGCCUCCAUUUGGUGAGCAGGGGGCUGGUUGCCCAGAUGCAACCAAGUACUACCGACCAGUGUCCAGUGAUCUUGCUGGCAUCAACUUAUUUGCUUUCGAAAUGGAUAAGCAGAAUGCCAUCACCAGUGUUGUCAUGUUUCAGUAUACAAUUACUUCACAACACCCUGUCAAGCCACAAUUUAUCAACAAGCUUUGGGAUGUGCUGAAGAAACAGCACAAAGGGAAGUGGAAAUGGAAGCUUGUAUUUGUCAUCCUGGGGGAGAACCAUGGUUUUCAGAGAAGUAUGCCUACCAAGGGCUUGAAACCACUGGUGGAUCAAUUUGUGCUGGAAGUUAAUUUGGGGGAUAUGUGGAGUGCAAUGUGCAGGUCUGUGGAGAAAGUUGGUUGAUUUCAUCUUACAAUCUCUAGGAAAUUGUCAGGGCACACCCCACCUGACCCCGCGCCGCACCGCCCUACUCCGCUCCCCCACUAUCACUCCCUGUUUCUUCUUUCCCCUUUCCUUCUUUCUUUCUAUUUCCAUUCCAUGGUCGACUUCCCCUUCUCUAUGUAUUACUACACACCUAACCCCGCUCCCCUGAUCGCCGUGCCCGUGCUCACAGAGCGGCACACCUCCGGGAUCUCCCAUGGAGAUGCCCAGGGGAGUGCGGUGUAGGAGAAAUAAUAUUC